UGCCAGUCUCUUUCUCUGAAACAUAACCUACAGCACCUGAUAUUCAUUGGCAGUCUCCCAUCCAAAUACUAAUCAGAGUGACCCUUCUUAGCUCUAAGAUCAGACAAGAUUGGUGCUUUUAGGAUUUCUACAUCAGUAUAACAGUUCUUAACCCAAUGAUGUAUAGUCAGCUCUCCUUUUCUGCAGGCUUGCCAUCCACGGACUGGAGCAUCCGUGGAUGGUCCCUCCCUGUUGUUCCCAAUGGAGGAGCAUGCAUGCCAUUGGGAACAAGAGGACUUUAGAUCCUGUGGAUUUUGCUAUCAUCAGGUGGGUCCAGAACAGAACCCCCAUGGAUAUGAAGAGCCUACUGUAUAUUGAUGGUCUUCUGUAAAAACCUGAUAACACUAACAAUAAUGCAACAAUAUCUUGGUUUUACAGGGUGUUGCAGCAGAUCAGCUUAAGGAAAUCUUUGCCCUGAGACGGAUGGGAGAAGAAUAACUUUGGUCCUAUUGGUAGCUUUGUCGGUGGAAGAAAAAUAAAGAUGGUUGAACCAACCUUAGCUGGUCCUGAAGGAAGAAGAGGUCCUGACGGCUUCAGUGCUGAGAGCACUGGGGAAUUCUGGGAGAGGACAGUCCAGAAGAGGUUCCUGGGUAAGGAUCAUGACAGCUCAGAGAGUCAGCGCCAGUGCUUCAGGCAGUUCUCCUACAAGGAGGACAAGGGGCCCAGAGAGCUUUGCAGCCAACUCCACCAUCUCUGCCAUCGGUGGCUGAAGCCAGAACGCCACUCAAAGACUGAGAUCCUGGACCUGGUGAUCCUGGAGCAAUUCCUGACCAUCCUGCCCCCAGAGAUGGAGAAGUGGGUCAGGGAAUGUGGGGCAGAGACCUGUUCCCAGGUGGUGGCCCUGGCAGAGGGUUUCCUCCUAAGUCAAGCAGAGGCAGAGAAGCUGAAGCAGCAGGAGGUCCACAGUCUCUUGGUGGAAGUUCACUCUGAAUUCCCAGUGGCAGAGAAGGCACCGUUCGACUCGAGGCAGAAUCCUCAAUCGAGGGAGAUCAAGCAGGAAUGUGAUGGAGGGUCCCCCUUUCAAGAGGCUGGAAUGAGGCCACCAACAAGAACUCCAUUAUCUCUUCCUCCUCUUUGCAGUGGGCCAGAACCAGUUCAGAGCCUGGUGACUUUUGAUGAGGUGGCCGUGUCUUUCUCCUCAGAGGAGUGGGCCCUGAUGGAUCCUGACCAGAGAGCCCUGCACAAGGAGAUCAUGGGAGAGAUCUGUGGGAUGGUGGCCUCUCUUGCAGAAAACUGGAGGAAAACCUACAUAUGUGCUAAUUACAGCAAGUGUUCUGAGCAAAACCUGGAACUUAUCUACUUCCAGGACACCCAACAUUCAGAAGAGGAAAGUUAUAUCACUGAGAAGCCUUGCAAAUCCAGCAUAUCUGGGAAAUGCGUUCCCCAAAAUAUGGCAAAUUUGCUACACAAGAAGCUCCAUACUGGAAAAAAUGACUUUAGAUGUGACUUUUCUCUGAAAGGUUUUGAUAAUAAAAUGUACAAUGUGAACUACCAAGAGGCCUGCACAGGAAAGAAACCACAGAAAUCCCAGGAGUGUGGGAAAUGCUUUGCUUACAAUUCACUACUUAUGGCGCAUUUGAAAGUGCACACAGACCUUGUGAGCCAUUCGAAAGUCCACACAGGAGACAAAUCAUUCAGAUGUCAGGAGUGUGGGAAAUGUUUUGUUCAAAAGGUAACCCUUGUGAAACACAAGAGAUUCCACAUAGGACAGAAGCCAUACAAAUGCCAGGAGUGUGGGAAAUGUUUUACUCGGAAAGGAUAUCUAGGGAUCCACCAGAGAGUCCAUACAGGGGAGAAACCAUAUAAAUGUGGGGAGUGUGGCAAAUGUUUUGGCUACAGUUCACAUCUUGUUAUUCACCAGAGAGUCCAUACAGGUGAGAAACCAUACAAAUGUCAAGAGUGUGGAAAAUCCUUUGCUCAUAAAGCAAACCUUGUGACCCACCAGCGAAUCCAUACAGGAGAGAAGCCAUACAAAUGCCAGGAGUGUGGGAGAGGCUUUGCUCAGAAAUCAGAUGUUAUGAAGCAUCAGCGAGCCCACACAGGAGAGAAACCAUAUAAAUGCCUGGUGUGUGGGAAAUGUUUUAUUGACAAUUCAGCCCUUUUGAUCCACCAGAGAUUUCACACAGGCGAGAAACCCUACAAAUGUCAGGAGUGUGGAAAAUGUUUUACUCAGAAAACAAAUCUUGUGAAUCAUCAGCAAAUCCAUUUAGGAGAGAAACCAUACAAAUGCCAGGAGUGUGGGAAAGGUUUUGCUCAGAAAGUAAACCUUGUAAGCCACCAGCGAAUCCAUACAGGAGAGAAACCGUAUAAAUGCCAGGAAUGCAAGAAAUGUUUUGCUCAGAAAUCAAACCUUGUGAUUCAUCAAAGGGUGCAUACAGGAGAAAAGCCGUACAAAUGUCAAGAGUGUGGGAAAUGUUUUGCUCAUAAAGUAAACCUUGAGAACCACCAGAGAAUCCAUACAGGAGAGAAGCCGUACAAAUGCCAGGAGUGUGGCAAAGGUUUUGCUCAGAAAUCAGACCUUGUGAAGCACCAGCGAAUCCAUGCAGAAAACAAACCAUACAAAUGCCAGGAGUGUGAAAAAUGUUUUGCUCUGAAAACAAACCUUGUAAACCACCAGAGAAUCCAUACAGGUGGAAAGCCAUACAAAUGUCAGGAGUGUGGGAAAGAUUUUAUUUCUAAGUCAGGCCUUGUGAAACACCAGAAAACCCACACAAGAGAGAAAUCAUAUAAAUGUCUGGAUUGUGGGAAACAUUUUACUGACAAUUCAUCCCUUUUGCUCCAUCAGAGAUUUCACACAGGUGAGAAACCCUACAAAUGUCAGGAGUGUGAAAAAUAUUUUACUCAGAAAACAAACCUUGUGAUUCACCAACAAAUCCAUACAGGAGAGAAGCCAUACAAAUGCCAGGAGUGUCAGAAAUGUUUUGCUCACAAAGCCAAGCUCAGGUACCACCAGCGAAUCCAUACAGGCGUAAAACCCUACAAAUGUGAAGAGUGUGGAAAAUGUUUUGCUCAGAAAUCAAACUUUGUGAUUCAUCAGAGGGUGCAUACAGGAGAGAAGCCGUACAAAUGUCAGGAGUGUGGUAAAGGUUUUGUUUCCAAAUCAGACCUUGUGAAGCAUCAUCGAGUCCACACGGGAGAGAAACCAUAUAAAUGCCUGGAUUGUGGCAAAUGUUUUGCACAGAAUUCAAGCCUUCUCAGCCACCAGAGAAUACACACAGGAGAACAAAUGUCAAGGGCAUGGAAAAUGUUUUGCUCAUAAAGCCAACCUUGCAAAGCACCAUAUCCAUACAAGAAGCUGUACAAAUGCCAGGAGUAUGGAAAAUGUUUAGCUUGGAAAGGUCAGAUAGGGGUUCAUCGGAGAGUCCACACAUGUGAGAAACCCUAUAAAUGUCUGGGGUGUGCAAAAUGUUUUGCUUGCAACAAUGAUCUUGUGAUCCACCAGCAAACUCAUACAGGAGGGAAAAUGCUACAAAUGCUAGAAGAUUGCAAAACGUGUCAUUUCCAAGUCAGGAUUUUCAAGCCACCAGAGAAUUCACACGUGACAGAAACACUACAAAUACGAGAAAUAUGGGAAAUCUUUUGCCAUAAAUGCAGCUCAAGUGAUACAUUAGAGAAUCCACUUGAAAGAGAAAGCUUUCAAAUGCCAGAAAUGUGACAUUUUACUGCUAGCAUUUUCUCUAGCAAAGAGCUCUUACUAUAAUUAUUCAGGAUUCCUCCUAAAUUCUUUGCUGGAUCCUCCUAUCUUCUAAUUUGAAUCUGUUGGUUCAGGUCCUAGACUCUGGAGCAGCAAGAAACAUGAUCUUCCUCAUGAUAGUCAUUCAGAUGUUUAAAGAUGGUUAUCAUAUCAUCUCUUAAUCUUUUCUUAUGUAUUCUAAACAUAUCUACUUCCUUCAGCUGUUCCACAUCAUGGUUGUUUUCCAGAUCUUUUACUAUCUUGCUCACUUUCUAGAAACAUUCCAUCUUGUCAAAGUCUAUAAUGGCCAGAAAUGAACACAGUAUUCCUGAUGAGCCCUGGCCAAAGCAGAACAGAGUUGUACCCUUUCUUCCCUUCAUGUAGGUAUGAUGCUUCUCUUGAUGUAGCAUAAAACUGCAAACUUGCAUUUUUUAAAAUUGCAUUGCUAUCCUAACUUGUUGACUCACAUUACCCUUGUGGUCUACUAAGACAUCUAGAUCAUUUUCACAACUACUUUGUCAAACCAGGAGGCAAGGCCUUGAAAGAGGAAGAAGAGUGUACUUCAUUGAAAUCACCUGCAGAAUAGUACAGAUCGGCAUAUCUGCAGUCUCCAUAAACUGCUGUGAAGUAGCUCUUACUAUCAAGUAGUUGUUGUUAUUAUUAUUAUUAUUAUUAUUAUUAUUAUUAUUAUUAUUAACCUUUAUUUAUAAAGCACUGUAAAUUUACACAGCGCUGUACAUACAGUCUUUUAGUUAGGCGGUUCCCUGCCCUCAGGCUUACAAUCUAAAUAGUUCCUAAUGUUUCACUGGGAUCUCCUUUUUUAUAAUUUGAAUUCUUUGGUUCUGGUCGUAUUUUCUGGAACACCAAAAGCCACUCCACAUGUCAGACAUUCAGAGGCUCCAGUAAAAUUGUUGUGUCAUUCUCCAGACAAACCUUACGUAAUGCCUUCAACUUUUUCUCAUUGACCUUAGUUUCCAAACCUUUUACUCCUCUGGCUGCCAUCCUCUGUACACAUUUGAGUGUGCCAAAUUCUGGGCACUACAAUUCAAAAAGGACAUUGAGAAACUGGAGCGUGUCCAAAGGAGGGUGACUAAAAUGGUGAAGGGUCUGGAAACCAUGUCCUAUGAUUAACGACUUAGGGAGCUGGGAAUG